UAUAACUCAACUAUCCAUAAAAACGCCGCUAGUUUCCGCAGACCCAUUACUUUUCUUAAACCCUACUUCACGCGUUCAGCCAUUGCGUAUCCAACCUGACGCCGUCCCAGUGGGUGCCGGAAGCCUUCCGACGUCUAUUCAACUCUCCCUUCCUUCCUCACAGUCGCCGGAAAAGUGCUUCCGGCUGCUGCUUUCACGGCCGACGCCCGACCUUUGCUGUUGUGACUAGCUAGAAGAAGGGAAAGAUGCGGCAUGCUAGCAAGGAUCUUCUGCAUUUGGAGCGGAAGGAUUUAUCCACUUCAUCUUUAGAAUCUUCACUGCUAGUUUGUAAAAAAAACUCAACAUCCAAGGAGCCUUGUCGGAAUGAAAGACCCAUUACAGAACCCGCUUCAAAAAGCUUAGUAUUGGGAAGAGUCCAAGACUUUUUGGGAGUAAUAUCAGAAGCUAAUAAAAAGCUGCAAAUGGAUUCAAAGGAAAAUGCUGAUAAAUAUGAUAUCGAAGCCCUCGAUGGCAAUGAAUCAGAAGUGAUUCAAUUGGACCUGAUGUUGGGUAUUGCUGAUCUUCACACUCCUGAAGCUGUGGCUGCUGCUGAAUCUGCAAUAAUUGGCAAUCACCCUGUAAUUCCAUUGACUUGUAGUAGUAGCGAGUCAGAGUCUGAAGAGAGUAGUGAUGAUAGUAUUACCAGUGAUCACGAUAACAAUGACAAUGAAAAGAGCGAUGAUCAGAAUACUGACUGCAGUAACAGAUUGUCAGUUAAACUCAAAAGAUCGAAUUCUAGAAAAGCAAGCUGUAGAAGUAAAAGCAAAGGAAAAGGUAAAUCAAAGAAGCGACCAAAGAUUCAAGUGCUCUCUUAAGAUGAUCCAUCUUCUGAUCAGACCUGUUUGCGUCAAUAUGGAUGCAUUGUGGUUUGAAAGUUUCUGUUCAUGCUCGAUGUCGUUGGGGGCGGGGGGGGGGGGGGGGGGGGGGGGGUAUAUGAAGUUUCUGAAGCUUGCUCUGCCAAAAUCUCCAAGGUUGUGAUUGCGAGCCUAGUUCUUUGAGCUUGGGCAGUAUGACCCGACUUUUGCUCGGCCUUGAGAUAUUUCUCUCUUCAACUUUAUCACAAUUUCAAGUGCUGGUAAGGUACCGUUUCUAUGCAUUUCUAUUAGGAAAUCUAUUGGAUUUUAAGUUGUAACUACUCUUGGUCAGUUUCACAAUUUUGGUUUGUAUACUUGAUGUCAAACUUCGAUGUUUCAAGAAUGGCCCUUUAUAAUACAUGUGUUGUAGCUUCGAAGGAGAGUUAAA